AUGACGCUCAAACGAUCAUAUGAUGAUGCUCUCCAGGGCGGCUCGCCGUUGCCUGGUCGCGACACACUUGACACCACUUGCAAUGAUGACUCUGCCCUAUCACCAACACAGCCCAACACCGUCGCCCAAGGCAAACAGCGCCGACUCAGCUUCUUGGACGACGGUGGAGAAUGCGCUUCAGCCUCGACAUCAUCACGACCGCGAGCUCUUCCCAGCACAUCCCGAGCUCGCUUCGUCCUCGGUCUACAGACCUUCGUCGGUGGAUUGCAGAUGUCGCAAGAGUCUUCGUUAGCAUCAACAAGCCGCACUCCCACUCACCCCUCAACCGUACCUGCGACACGGCAUGCCUUUAAUGCUCCCGAUGCUAUGCAGCCGCUCAUGAUGAGCCGCAGCGCUGAAGCUGGACGAAGAGCAAGCCAAUCUGCUGCAGCACGACGACGCUCGCAGGAAGCACCCGAUGUCAUCGCUCGUCGUAAUCCCCUCCUUGCCGCCGAAGAGGCCCAACUCAUACCACGUGUCUCACCAGGGUGGCACGUUGAGGCACACGGUGCCCAAGCGAUGGAACUGCACAAAGGUAUUCGUACCGAGGAUGAAGAAGGUUGGACACCGCUCGAGGCCUUCCCCGCAGCUACAACACAAGGUAAACUCGCUGUCACGCGCGCCAGGUUGCGGCGACAGCAGCAUCAGCAACGUCAACAGCAUCGUCCGAGCCAGGACACUGUCACCUCUCCGGCGUUAAACUCGACCUCAAGACCAGCCAUCUCGAUCGAGGAGGCACCGGCAAAACGACCUUUUACAGUGGGGCCACCUGUCUCGGCCUCGAUCACUUCCUCAUUCGACAUCGAGAUGAUGGAGGAUCUUCUCAUCUCGCCAUCCGCAUGUUCGCGGAAACUUGCGUCGGAUCUUGCAUCGGCUUACGCUGCUGCCGCACCACACAAGUGUGUUUCGUCAUCAUCAUGGUCGACAUCUUCCUUGCCGGCUUCUUCAGCAUCAUCUUCCAAGUCGUCGUCGACACCGGUAGUCACAGAACCGGAGGAAGAUAUCAUCGCAUCAAAGAUCAAGCCAGCCUCUCCCACCAAACCUCUGUCAAGUCGCGACUACUCUUUGUCUGACUUUGAGGUCAUUGACACGUUGGGGACAGGAACCUUCGGACGUGUGUUGCUAGUCCGCCUCAAGGAUCGACCAGCCACAGAUCGCUGCGCAUACUUUGCACUCAAAGUUCUGGCCAAAGCCGACGUCAUCAUGCUCAAGCAAGUCUCGCACAUCAACAGCGAACGUAGCAUCUUGACCAAGGUGGAUCACCCCUUCCUUGUCAACAUGGUCGCGUCGUUCCAAGACAGCAAAAACUGCUACAUGCUCAUGGAGUAUGUCGUCGGCGGCGAGAUCUUCUCCUACCUCCGUCGGGCAGGUCAUUUCUCCGCCGAUGUUGCUCGCUUCUACAUCUCGACCAUCGUUCUUGCGAUUGAGUACCUUCACAAGAACAAGGUGGUCUACCGAGACUUGAAGCCCGAGAAUCUGCUCAUCGAUUCGAACGGGUACACCAAGAUCACCGACUUUGGGUUUGCCAAGGAAGUGGAAGAUCGCACUUGGACGCUGUGCGGUACACCCGAGUAUCUGGCACCCGAGAUCAUUCAGUGCAGCGGUCAUGGAAGUGCGGUGGAUUGGUGGUCGCUUGGCAUCUUGCUCUACGAGAUGCUCGCAGGCUAUCCACCCUUCUAUGACCCUAACCCGAUCCUCAUCUAUGAAAAGAUCUUGGCUGGCAAGCUGGUGUUCCCCGAACGUAUUGAUCCUGUUUCACGCGACCUUAUCUCGAGCCUCUUGACAUCGGACCGAAGCAGACGUCUCGGCAACCUUCGAGGUGGAGCCAACGAUGUCAAGAACCACCCUUGGUUCUACGGCGUGGACUGGAAGGCAUUGGAGGAGGGCAAGAUCCCUCCUCCCAUCGUACCUUACCUUGGUCAACCAGGUGACACUUCCAACUUUAGCAAGUACGAGCCGGCGAGACCCAGCGCCAUGCCUGAUCUCUUUGGCACCGAUGCUGGUAACCAAUGCCCCUACCCUGAGCUUUUCUCUGACUUCUAA